AUGGCGGGCCGUAUAGUCCUUCGUCGAUCUGACAAUGAUGUUGUCAUUGAUCGCAUUGGCAACACCGGCACAGUCAGCAUUGAUCGUGUCAAGCUGGCCUACAUCGAAGACAGUGACCAUUCCUCACCCCAACACUGUACCCCGCCGCAGACAGUGAUGCCUCCUCCACCUACUGGCGACAACCCACCUCCGGUUCGCCGCACACGAUCUGGCCGUCACGUCCACUGGGCCGACAGGUUUGCGGUUGGCUAUCAUGUCGACGCCUUCACUUCGUUUGGUGUCAAGGUGGAGUUGUAG